ACAGCGAGAUGAGGGCCGUGUACCUGAGCUCCGUGCGCAGCCCCGCCCUCGGCAGCCGCUACAAGAUGGUGCACAGGCACUUCAACCCCUCGGCCAUCUUCUCCCAGAUCCCCGAGCAGGACGUGACCUAUGCUGAGGACAGUUUCUGCGUGGGGGAUGAGGAGGAGGAGGCUCCCAGUGGCUGCAGUGAGGAGGAAGAGUGUGUGGAUUUUGCUCUGCUCACCAGGGAGGGCAGCAGCAGCAGGCAGCGGUACCUGACCCGCCGCAGGAGGAGGCUGAGCCAGGCCCGGCGGGCCCCAGGGCAGAAGAAACCUUCCAGAAUCAUUGUCCUGAGUGACUCCAGCGAGGAGGAGACGGGAGCCAGCAGGGAGAGGCCCCUGGAAGCAGGGCAGCUCCCCAAGGCUCUGCCCUCAGCCCCCUCUGCACAGCCCAGGAGCGGGGCUGGGGAAGCCACAGCUCCUCGGGCUGGCGGGCAGGACACUGAGAGGCUGCUGGGCCUCGGAGCUUCCGUGUCUGGGAUGUUGGAUCCAGCCCCAGAGCAGCCAGGCAGGAGCACAUCCAUGCCCCCAGCGGGCUCUGGCUGCAGGAACACGGAUCUGCAGGCUGCUGCUGAGGUCAGUGCCCAGGGAAAGCGGGGAGCUUCCCUGUGGGAGAGAAUUCCUGGGCAGCAGCAGGAGUCAGGAAUCAGGGAAUGGUUUGGGGUGGGAGGGACCUAAAGCCCUUCCCAUUGCACCCCUGCCUUGGCAGGGACACCUUCCAUAGAGCAGCUUGUUCCAGCCUGGCCUUGUACAUUUCCAGCAGCAUCUCCCUUUCCUUGCUGCUAGAAGCUUUGUACUCCCAGGGUAACCUGGAGUAUUUCAGGAGUGAACAAAUUAAAACUGGCCUUAGAUUCUCCCUUGGUCAUGGAGGAUGGUGGGACAGCAGUGUGCACUGAUUCUUUGGGUUUGUAUAGAAACUCCUGGUUCACUGUCUGAAUUCAGGGCUUGGGUUUGUAUAGAAACUCCUGGUUC